AUGGGGAACUGCUUGUACCCGCUGGAGAAGUGGGAAGCAGGCCUCCCCUCCAACUCCUCGCAGACAGGCUCCCUCCAGGUGGAUGCGGCCGAUCUGAAUACGCUCAACUACAGCUACACGGAAGGCGACGAGGACUUCUACGACGACCUGGACCUCAACCUGGUGGCCCCUUGCCGGUCUUGCCACCUGCUGGGCCCCUCCUCGCUGCCCUUCUUCGGCCUGGUGAGCGCCCUGGGCCUGCUGGCGGCCGCCGUCGUGCUGUACGGCCUGCUGGGCGGGCCGGCCCGCCGCUGGCACCUCCCCCGAGCCCGGGCGCUGCUGGUGCAGCAGGCCGGGGCGUGCGCCCUGUGCGCCGCCGUGCUGCCCGCCCUGGCGCCCGGCCUGGGCUGGCCGCUCCCUCUCUGCCGGCCGGCCGUCGGGGCCUGGUACGCCGGCGCCUUCGCCCAGGCCCUGCUGGUGGCCGGCGGGUCCUGGCUGCGGCCGGAGCCCGGCCGGACCCAGCUGGUGGCCUUGUCCGCCGCGGCCUGGACGGUGUCGGUCCUCCUGGCCUUGCCGGCCGCCGGCUCCGCCCGGUCGAGCCCGGGCCUGUGCGCGGCUCAGCCGUCGAGCCAGCAGCCGGGCUGGGGCUGGGCCCUGGCGGCCGUCUGCGCCGCCGCCUUCCUGCUGCUGCCCCUGGGGCUGGGCGCGGGCUGGGCCGUGCGGAGGGCCCGGGGCCAGGGCCACCUGCCCCGAGCCGACCCGCUCUGGGCCUGGUUCGCUCUCUGGGCGCCCCACGGGGUCGCCGUGCCCGUCGACGGCCUGGUUCGCCUGGGGGCCGUGCUGCCCUCCUGCCGCGCCCAGCAGGCCCUCGACGUCGCGGUGGACCUCGCCCUGGGGCUCACUGCGCUGCACUGCCUGGCCGCUCCACUGCUGCUGCUGCUGCUGCUGCUGCUGCUUCUGCGGCGGGGACAGAGACAGACCCCCGACGGCGCCCCCACCGGGGUCCAGCCGGGGGAAGGGGACGCCAUGGGAUCAGAGGUCAAUGACUCACUUGGACCUGUUGGCAGUUUACCCUCCUCGCUUCCUUACUGGGCCCUGGCCGACGCCCUGUUUGGGAAGAUUGGGGAGGAGGAAGGGGAAGGAGGCCCUGUCCAAAGGAGGUUGUGCUAA